UAACAAACAUAUCUCCAUAGUUAACUUUUUUUAUUAUGGUGUCAGUCCUGCACACACACCCGCACUAACAAUUUUUCCCGUAGUUAAAACUUUUUGUAUGUACCAGAGUGAGUGAGGAUGGAAAACGAAGAGGAAAAAAUUUAUCAAUUUUCAAUUUAAGCAAAGACAGUUUUACAUAGAUUUCUUUCUUUCAACUUCACUGUUAACCAGGUUUAUAACAUCAACAAUGCCAACCAGAUUAACUAAGACCAGAAAACACAGAGGUAAUGUCUCAGCCGGUAAAGGUAGAGUCGGUAAGCACAGAAAGCAUCCCGGUGGUAGAGGUAAGGCUGGUGGUCAACAUCAUCACAGAACCAAUUUAGAUAAAUACCAUCCAGGUUACUUCGGUAAGGUUGGUAUGAGAUACUUCCACAAGCAACAAAACCAAUUCUGGAGACCAGAAAUUAACUUAGACAAAUUAUGGACUUUAGUUGAAGAAGAAAAGAGAGAUGAAUACUUAAAAUCAGCCUCUGCUUCUGCUGCUCCAGUCAUUGACACCUUAGCUCACGGUUACGGUAAGGUCUUAGGUAAAGGUAGAUUACCAGAAGUCCCAGUCAUUGUCAAGGCCAGAUUCGUUUCUAAAUUAGCUGAAGAAAAGAUCAGAGCUGUUGGUGGUGUUGUUGAAUUAGUUGCUUAAUUUAAAUUUGUACAAUCAUCCCUUCCAUAUCUAUAUUAUACUUAAAAUAUUAUCUCCUUUUUUGUCAUAUAUAUUAUUUUAAAUAACUUUAGGAGAUAAUACAGUGUAUAGUAGAAAUAACCCAAAAAAUAUAAUAAUCAUUAUAACGUUUUAAUAGUAUAACUUUGAAUGUAGUAGUUAAUAAUAGUAGGUACCAUAUAAU